CGCGGCUAUGGCGGCAGCGGCAGCGGCGAGCGCCAUCUUGGCCGGCAUUGCAGCAACUGGACACUUGGACAAGGAAAGCCUGGCCAUGUUGCAGUUCCUGUACCAGAGGAAUUUGGCGAGGGCUCUGCGCAUACUGGACAUGGAAGGCGUGAAGCGCAUUACUGGCCAAAAUUCCAAGCGCUCCAUCUUUGUGGUUCGUGGAGAGACCGACAAGAGUGAUCAACACUUGUGCCUGCUCAAGCCCCACUUCUGCUCGUGUCCAUCUUUCUUCUUCGAUGUUGUGGUCCGCCACCAGCAUCUCUGCUGCAAGCACCAGCUGGCCGCAAGUCUCGCAGAGGCACUGAGAAUUUGCAAGGACCAAACGGUUAGUGACCAAGAGCUGGCCAUCCUGCUUUUGGAGAAAAGAAGCAAGAGGAAUCGUCGUCAAGUGCACUACGCUCUGCAAGAGAAAUGAUCCUCAUGGAUGGAUUCCUUGCUUCUUUUGCUGCAAAGCUUUUUCUCCAGGCCAGAUAAAGAGCCCAGCUUGUCCAGCGACAGGCUCCGUGCCGUUUGAAAAAAAUGUGCGACACUCUCUUCCGGGGUGCCAACCAAGACGCCGUGUCCCAGAUUGAGGAUGUGACCCUUGUUUCCAGCCUUUCUCACGACGCUGCAAAAACAAUACGCAAGGUGUUAGUCACUGCAAGACACAAGGAGAA